CAUUUUUCCUGAAGGCAACACAACACCACCAUAAAAUUCAGUCUUCCGCAGCGUAACCCUACCCAACCUCGCGUAGCUUCUACCCCCAAACUGCCGUAGGCGACGACGGCGACGGCGACGGCGAGCAGAACAAGAGUGGAACCCUAAUUCCCUAAUCUGUGAGUUUUCUUCACUCUCCGAUACCAAACCACUAAAAAAAGUUGAAAAAGAGAAGAGAUAAAAGUUCAAAAGUUCUCCUACCUUGGAAGCUUUAGUUACGGUAGCCAGCAUAUUGAUUUUAACACGGGAUUUGCAAGUCCUAUCUGAAGUGAUUAGUGGGGGAAGAUUGAAGUUUUGCUUUGAAAUAAUUGACAUUGAUUUUAUGAAUAAUAGUGAGUUGGCGGUUGGUUGUCACUUCUGUGCAUAAGGGCAAAGCCAGCAAGCAUGUGGUAGUUGUUGUUUUAUGUGAGAAGAAAAAGCGAUACAUUUGUAAACUUUUGCAAGUAAAAUGGCAAACAGCAAAUAUGAGUAUGUCAAGUGUUUUGAAGUUGAAGACGAGGUCAUGUUUCCCAAUAUCAUCCUUGUUUGGAUCAAUGCCUGUAGCCUUCAUAAACCUUAUGAUCUAAACACGUUGAAGAUGAUGAACUCUUGUGCUGUUGAAAUUCUUGAAGAGUAUGCAGAUGUAGUCUUUGCAUAUGGAUUUAGCGAUGAGUAUACUUUUGUAUUGAAGAAGACCUCCAAGUUUUAUGAAAGGCGUGCUAGCAAAGUGUUAUCCAUCAUUACUUCAUUUUUCUCCUCCGUUUUUGUGAGAAAAUGGGGUGAAUUCUUUCCGCACAAGGAACUGCAAAGUCCUCCUUCCGUCCAUGGGCGAGUCAUACCUUGUGCGUCCACAGAAGCCCUUCAAGCUUAUCUUUUGUGGCGGCAGAAUAUUUGUCAUUUGAGUAAUCAACAUGAACAAUGCCUUUGGCGUCUUGUUGAACGUGGAAUGAAUGAGAAGGAAGCAUGGGAUUUUAUCAAGGGUUUUGACAAAAGUGAUCUAAACAAUCUUUUAUUCGAUGAGUUCAAUGUCAAUUACAAUACACUAGAGCCAAUAUUCCGACAAGGUUCUUGUCUUCUGAAGACAGUGGUAGAGGAUGUUGUGAAAUACACAGAUAACGGUGCUCCAAUUAAAAGACACAGACGGAAGAUAAUCCCUGUGCAUUCCAAGAAAAUAGCUGGAAAGAGAUUUUGGAAUGAGCAUAUCCUUCUCUUGAAGGAACUUGGUGGUUUUAUUGAAGAGAUUAACAAUGUGACUCCAGAGUAUGUGAGAUCCUUUGAGUUUGAUAGCAAAUUGAUGCCAUCUACAUGGAUUGUAGUUCGAAUAGAUGGAUGCCACUUCCACAGAUUUUCUGAGGUACAUGAAUUUGUGAAGCCAAAUGAUGAUAGAGCCCUUAACCUGAUGAAUUUGUGUGCAGUUGCUGUCUUAGAAAAGUUUUGGGAGGAUAUAGUCUUUGCCUAUGGGGUUAGUGAUGAGUACAGUUUUAUUAUUAAGAAAACCUGUAAUCUUUACCAAAGGAGAGCUAAUAAAAUGGUUUCAGCAAUUGUGUCUUUCUUCACAUCCACUUAUGUGAUGAGAUGGAAUGAGUUCUUCCCACAAAGCGAGUUAAAAUACCCUCCUUCCUUUGAUGGGCGAGCAGUGUGCUAUCCAUCUACUGAGAUUCUAAGGGACUACCUUUCAUGGAGACAGGUGGAUUGCCACAUCAACAAUCAAUAUAACUCUUGUUUCUGGAAGCUAGUUGCAUCUGGAAAAAGCAAAAGGGAAGCUCAGAAUAGUUUAAAGGGUGGUCAGUUGCAAAAGAAAAUUGAAGAAUUGGCUAUUGACUACAAUAAAUUACCAGUCAUGUUCCAACAAGGAUCCUCAGUUUAUAGGGACAAAGUAGACACUGUUCCAACUCACGAGGAGAAUGGUAACUCUUUUGAAAGUAAAGGAAAGGUCAUUGUAGAACAUGUUGACAUUAUUGGACCAACCUUUUGGUUGGAACACCUAAACAUCCUUGAUGAAUAGGUGCAUGUGUAGCCAUUGAGUCUCCAAAUUAAAUUUUUACUUUAUUUAUUGUUGA